UGCAACUCUAGUGGGACAUUGGAAAAUGCAAUUUUGACCUCUUUUUUUUUGAUGAUUAUUAAUAUUUUUUUUUAUACUCUCCAGUUUUGAAUGUACUACUCAUUGUGUAUUGUACAUGUACUUCUUGGUCAGGAAUUUCCUACUCAUGCAUGCCUUAACCGCGUUUGUCUUAUUUGCUUGGAGAAUUGUUCUGCCAUGCCAAUUUUACUGUGGAUUCUCUUUGUAUCCUAUGUUAAUUUUUUCUUAAUGAAUGUCACAUGACAGAUAUAAUAUAUGUUCUAAUAUACGAUCUAGUUCUCCACGGGAACAUAUUCGUAUAAGCAUGCUUGUUUCUGUGCAUGCCUUUUGUCCAUGCGCAUUUUUGCAUCAAUGCAUGUGUGUAAACUGGUGGUUAUGUGUAAUGGCCGUAUUUAUUUAUGUUUUGUAUGCAUAUGUAUUUAAAUGCAGGGAGACAGCUGCUUUUCUCUUUUCUGUCUGAACUUUUCCUACUCUGAUGCUAAAUCAUCUCGAAUACUUAGUCUGACGUGAAGGGAAACUUUGAUUACUGUUUGGUGUUUGCUAUAUGGGCCUGACAAACCAAAUUCUGUUGUAGUGAUGCUGACUAAAUAUUCUACUUGAUUAGCUAAUCUUUUUAGUUUGUAUAACGAAUUUGGUGUUGAUAUUGUUUUUUUAUGGAGUAUCACUGGCACAUCAUCUGAUAAUGAUUGAAUUGGCAUAAUACUUGUUUAUGUUGAAUUUGGGCAUGAUAAUAACAUGAACUGCUACUAAAUUGAUUUGCUGGCAUCUAUGAUCUAUUUACAUUGAUGCCACAUAUCCUUUUGAUUAUACAAUAUCUAGCACAUAUUAUUCAUAUUUCACAUUAAUGUACAUGUGUGUCUGCAAUGCAUAUUUGCAUUUUGCGUGUGUGAAAAUGUGCGUGUAUCCAAGUGCGUGCAUGUAUCUGCGUCUGCGUGGGUACAUCUGUGUGUGGAGUACUCAUGCAAGUGCUUGCUUACCUUCAGUAGUUUUUUUUUUUUUCAAGUGAUGCUGUUAUUACUGCUAUGCAUUUGAGAUUCUCUGACUUGCAGUAUCAGCUAAAGGCUAGAGUUAUUUUUCUUGACCUAAACUUAUUAUUUUGCCUUUAUUAAUUAAUAAGCUCAUUGUGAGAAGCCGAGAAUUGUUGCAGUUUAAUUCUUAUCCCUCUUUCUUCGUUCUUUUAAUGCUUGGAUGUAAUUGUUCCUUUGAGUUAUCCUCUACUGUUUCCACUUAUCUAUUUCUUUUCUUAUUCUAAUUUUAUCUGCUGAUGAAAAUCUUUCACAAUGUCAGCUUUUGUUAUUACCAGACAUGACCAUUUAAAUAUGGUAUUUCAAUUGCAGAUAUAGUACAAAAACCUGUUUUGUUAAAAUAAUUAAUAAAAUGAAAGGCAUUUAGGUAUCACUUUUGAAAAUCCCGGUCAGUCUCUAAUUGCUUAUUAUAAAGGACCUGACUCUUCUGCAUCUGCAAACUUUCCAUCGCUACUUUUGUUUCAAAACAUUCUCUCUCUCUCUCUCUCUCUCUCUCUCUCUCGUGUAAUAAUAACAGGAUUACUUUCUCUGCAAUUUUGUGCCACCUCUUGGUUGUGUCCAAGAGAAGAAUUUUUGAAUCUCUGUUGAUAUAUAUACUUUUUGGUGUAUUCAUUUCUAUCGUGCUGCCUGUUGUUUGUCUACUAAUCUCAACGAAUGACAUUGAGGUCUGGGUAUGCUUUCAAACUUUAGGUUGUUUCAUCCAGUUCUACAAAUGCUGUAUUGGAUUGAACAGCAUUCACACGCUUGGAUGAAACUGGAUAUAACAGAAGGAUUGGAGUAAUUCGUCGAAGAACAUCAGCAACUCACGGAUCUUCCCUAUCAGUUAACUUUUCCCUUCAAUGAGCAUGGGGGACGCUAGCGACUCUGAGCCAGUCAACAAUGCUGAAGCUGAAGUUACCCCACCGACUUCCAAGCGACGACGGAAGAAGUCGAUGGUAUGGGAGCACUUCACUGUUGAAGCUGUGGCCGGAGGGUGCACACGUGCUUGUUGCAAACUGUGCAAGCAAACAUUUGCGUACAGUUCUGGUUCAAAGAUUGCAGGCACCAGCCAUCUUAAGAGGCACAUCACCUUGGGCUCCUGUCCCAAACUCAAAGACCAAGAGAGGAAGCAUCUUGCCCUCACUUCUGGUACAAAAAAUGAUGGGGACACCACUGAUCUGCCAACCAAAAGACGCUAUAGAUAUUCUGGAUAUGCAAAUGCUGCGUUCGAUCAGGAUCGUAGCUGCAAUAAUCUCGCGAAAAUGAUCAUCGUGCAUGACUACCCUCUUCACAUCGUCGAACAGCCUGCUUUCAUCUCUUUUGUCGAGAGCCUGCAGCCUCGGUUCAGGAUGGUAGAUGUCAAUACCAUCCAACAAGAGGUUUUAACUGUUUAUCAGUCAGAGAAGGUGAAUCUGUUGCAAGUAUUUAGCAGUUGUAUGCCUGGGCGGAUCAGCCUUACUGUGGGCUUGUGGAUGACCAAUCAAACUCUUGGGUAUAUUUCGCUGGCGGGGCAGUUCAUCGACACGGACUGGAAGCUGCACAGGAGAAUGCUCAACUUCAUGCUGGUAUCUUCUCCUCAUUCAGAAAACGCGCUUAGCGAAGCUAUUGGGGUCAGCCUCUUAGAUUGGAAUAUGAAGGACAGGCUAUUCACAAUCACUUUAGACAAUGACUGCUCCUCGCAUGACAUCUACAGUGCAAAUCUCAGAGAUCACCUCUCCAACAAGAAUGCGCUCAUGCUUAAAGGUCAGUUGUUCGUUGUGCGUUGUUAUGCCCAUCUACUGAAUGUUGUUGCCCAUGAUGUGAUUGCCUCAAUUCACGGUAUUAUCUACAAUAUCCGUGAAAGCAUAAAGUUUGUAAAAGCUUCUCUGGCUCGUGAAGAGAGGUUUGCUGAGAUUGCCUUACAAAGGGAGAUUCCGAGCUCGAAGACGCUAUCUCUUGAUAUCAUGACACAGUGGAACACGACUUACCUCAUGCUGCUCGCCGCCUCAGAAUACAAGCAAGUAUUCACUGAUUUGGAAACGUGCGAUGAUAACUACAAUGAAGCACCAUCACCUGAUGACUGGAAGAAGGUGGAGGUCGUUUGUGUGUUCUUGAAGCUUUUAUAUGAUUCUGCGAAUGCUGUCAUGGCAGCGGCAGAGCCGACAGCCAAUAUAUUCUUCCAUGAAGCGUGGAAGAUCCAGGUAGAACUGACCAAUGCGACCCUCAGUGAAGACCCUGUAGUAAGUGAGAUCGCUAUAGAGAUGCAUGAGAAGUUUGACAAAUAUUGGAAGGAUUGCAGCCUUGUCUUGUCAAUUGCUGUUGUGAUGGACCCUCGUUUCAAGAUGAAGCUUAUUGAGUUCAGCUUCUCCAAGAUUUAUGGUGCAGAUGCCGCGAAGUAUGUUAAGGUGGUCGAUGAUAGUGUUCAUGAGCUCUAUCAGGAAUACACCACCCAGCCGUUGCCAUUAACUCCAGCUUAUGCAGAACAAGGGGAGCCUAGCAACUUCACCGCCAAUGGCAAUGAGAACAACAACCGGCUGCCCUCAACACCAAUUUCAACUGGCGAUGGGCUUCUUGACUUUGACAUCUACCUUUCUGAGAUGUCCGUGAACCACUCAACAAAGUCAGAACUAGAUCAGUACCUGGAGGAGUCCCUCGUCCCAAGAAUCCAAGAAUUUGAUAUAUUGAACUGGUGGAAGCUGAAUACUAUCAAAUAUCCGACACUCUCUAAGAUGGCUCGCGACAUCUUGGCCAUUCCAGUGUCCAUGGUCGGCACGGGCUCCUCGAUAUUCGGGUCGGGUACAGGAAGCAGAGUGCUUGAUGAGUACCACAGCUCGUUGCCUCCUGAAACAGCACAGGCGCUUUUCUGCGCAAAAGACUGGCUCCAAUACUUGCCCACUAUGGUGGAGCCGCCACCGUCAUCAAAUGCCAUUGUCAAGAUGGAAAUCUAGCUAGGUAUAUUUUCAUGGGAGCUGUUUCUUUCUGGCAUGUCAAAGACCGAUAAUUUAUGAUAACUUAGAUAGGAACAAACCUUCAUCUUUACUUCUUUAGGUAGUGUAUUAGGUGUGUACUUUAGUCUUUUUCCGUGCUUUUUACUUUAUAUUGUCUUUAACGCCUAGGCCGAUAUGUGGUUCCCUUUCUUCUUUCGACUGCGUGUGAAAUUGUGGAGCAAGCUAUCUUUGAAUCUGCAAGUCUUCUUUUACAGUUCUGCCA